AGAGGAAACAGCACCAUCUUAUACAGUCUGAAAUGUGUGAAAUGUCUCACAGGGCGUCCGUCUGCUGAUAGAGAAUGGACACGAAAUUAAUCCUCAUUUUUGUGCUUCAGUUUCAAGCAGGCAUCAGUGUAACAACCACCUAUCUCUACUACAGAGCUGGAGAUGAUGCCACUCUGCCCUGUGCCACUGCAUCACCCUCUGACACAACAUGCUCCAUCGUUACAUGGCUGAAUAUCAGAAAUCAAUUUCCGUUGUCUGCUGAGGUCUUGAAUGGAAAUGUUGUGAAGAGCUCAGCCCGAGCUGCCAGGCUGAGUGUGGACACUGGCUGCUCUUUGGUCAUUUACAACGUAACUGCUGAGGAUGUUGGUCACUACACCUGUCGGCAGGGGAGGAGCACUGAUCAUGAUGCAGUCGUGUAUUUAAAUGUUCUGACAAUCUCUCCAUCUCCACCAGACGCUGAUCCAAAGAGGGACGGUGAAGUCACAUUAGAGUGCUCUCUGUUGAGACACAGAAGCCUCGGUCCUUGUCCACAGAACAGCUUCCGCUGGGUGAAUGAGACAGGAGCUGUGCUGCUUGGUGAAGGUGUCGGGUACAAGUUCCUCAGACAGACAGAAUGUGUCUCUGCUCUGACUGUGAAGCGUCAGAGUGGCAACAACAGGAAAUACACCUGCCAGUUUGUUGAUAACAACAAAGUAGAGAUAGAGGCUGACUACACACCUGACUUCACAGAACCCACUUCUUUUAAUCAGACCUACAUCAUCAUCGGUGCAGUGGUCGGGAUGGUGGUAGUGCUGGUCGUCAUCGCUGCUGCUCUCAUCAAAUACAAGAGGAGAGCUAAAGUCACAGAGGAUGUUCACAAACCAACUCAACACCCUGGUGAGCCAGAGAGCAGUCUGACAUAUGUCACUGUUAACCAUGCUAACCAACGGGCCUCUCCACACAAAAAGGUCAGAACGGAGGAAGUGACGUAUUCAACAGUCAAAUACUGAAGAUGGAAGCAGAGAAUGAUCCCAGCAGCCUCUACAGCCAUGUCAGCAAACCAAAAUACAUCAGAGGAAGUGAGACUUCUCAUGACGUUUUAUAAUUAGAACCACACAUUGAGUUGUUGUUUCAACUUUGUGCAGGAUUUGCUUUGUUUAGCAUUAAGCCAGAUGUUCUAUUAAAAUGCACACUGUUGGACUUGGUGUUCUAUUGACUAGUUUAGGAUUUUAAAAGGCAAAACCCAUUAACCAGAAUCGGCAGCAUGGUUGUGCCUUAACAGAAGUGUCAUUAUAAGUUCUGAUUGCCAUAGACUGCAUCUUUAUAAGCAGGCAAAAAUGAUUUUUUUGGACAAAAGAAGAAGGUGCCAAGCAUUACAGUCCAUAAUGUGUUUCAGUUUUCUCCCAAUGUUUCUCUUAAGUUUGGAUGUUGGGUUUUGCAACUCAAAAUAAUGACAAGUGAAAGUGAAAAGUCAAACAUGUUCUUGCUGAAAUAGAAAUGUUAUUGCACUGUUUAUGUGAAUAUUUUGUAAAUUUAGAAUUGUUCAGGAAUUUUAUUAUGUAAUAAUUUUCCUGUCAUAUCGCAUUAGCACUGCUAUGAUGUCCAGUAAAAAGAUUCAGAUGGA